GUGAAGGAUAGGAUCUGGUGGACUGAUAGCGUUGUUGAAAAACGUGUUGGUUUUCCUACGGGGUUGAAGUACGAUCAAAUUAGUGUGGUGAUAAUUUAACCGAAUUGAGGACAGUAAUAGCGGUUCAUACGACUAUUCACCAACUGUAUGUCAUACGCCAGUUGUCGCUCAAAUACAAUCGUUCCAUCAUGGUAGAUUGUGCUUGGCUCGUGUUUUUUUCUUGCGUAGCUUACUCAACCGAACGUUAGCAAGCUAGCUAAAGUUGGCUAGCUAAUGUCAAAUCCGUUUUGUUAUGAGCAUUAACCUUAAUGCUUUGAGACUGUGGCUUAGGCGUUUGAGCCAGCAGCAUAACUAUAGAACAAGCAAACAUUAAAUCAUUCUGAAUCUGCACAGUUGUGCUGAUUUUGCGUGAUAUAUGUUAAAAACGUCCUAUCGCGUGUGAUAGGAAGUUUAAUAAGCGUUAGCUUGCUUCAAUUGAAUUAACACUCGCGGUAAGUUUUCGAACUUGUGCUUGCACAACCGACAGUAUGUUUAACUCUAUAUCACGGCGACAUUUAAAAUUGUGUGAUAUCCGUGCAUGUGCCACAAGGUUUCAAAGUAGUAAUUCACUGAAACAGGGAAUCUGCAACGGCAAAUCCGAAACUACUGCACGGAUGGGUCGACGCAUGGGCCUGUUGUUGUCAUGGCUCCAAAGGUCGAUGGUGGGCACGAGUGAAAAGGUGGGGUCGGAUCAAAAGAAGCAAGGCCUGCUGUCCAUUUUUGCAAACCAUUGUAGCUUUGUGACCGGCCAAAGGCUUCGACGCGCUUUUCAAGUUGGAGAGCUUUACUCAAACCUGUACUCAGAGCGAACCAGGUGGACCUUGGUAGGAAGCAUAUGGCGUCGACUACAGAGUAAGCACGCCUCCACGGGGAAGCUAAUGGCAGCACUGGCUGGUGUAUUUCUUUGGGAGGACGAGAAGGUUCGAGAUGAAGAACUACACAGGUGUGGACUGGAGCUACAAGCUAUGGAAGCUGCAAAGAAUCUGAGUGCAUCUUCAGACAAGAAGGCCUGGGGGCCGAUGGAGACCGGCUGGGAGGUUGUCAUGGAGAAGAAAAACUUCAAAGUGUGGAGGCGACCCAUUGAGGGAAGCUACUUGUAUGAAUACAGAGUUUUAGGUUCUUACAGCGAUGUCACCCCCAGACAGUUCUUCAAUGUUCAGUUGGACACAGAAUAUAGGAAGAAGUGGGAUUCUCUGGUUCUGAAGCUGGAGGUGGUGGACAGGGAUGUCAACACAGGAUCAGAGGUUGUUCACUGGGCAACACAUUUCCCUUAUCCCAUGUACUCCAGGGACUAUGUUUAUGUGCGUCGCUACAGUGUUGAUGUAGAGAACAAUUUGAUGGUUCUGAUAUCCAGAGCUGUGCAGCAUCCAGAAGUCCCCGAAACUCAGGAGUAUGUCAGAGUUCACUCAUACCAGUCCAAGAUGGUAAUCCGCCCUCACACGUCCUUUGAUGAGAAUGGUUUUGACUACCUGCUGACCUACAGCGAUGACCCUCAGACCGCCUUCCCUCGCUACUGUGUCAGCUGGAUGGUGUCCAGUGGUAUGCCCGACUUCCUGGAGAAACUGCAUGCUGCAGCCCUGAGGGCUAAGAACCUCGAGGUGGGAAUCUACGACUACGCCAGCGUUGUGAAGUCCAAUGACAACAAGCACCAGCACAGCCAGGAUUGCCUCGGAGACAGCAGUCGUCCUGGGCAGAUCUACGCCUAAGAGAGGCCGGUGAAGCGGCAAAAUACAUGCGCUGAAAAUAUGCAGGACACGUUCCUCAUCUGAUUGCAGACUAUUCAUUGCUAGCAAUUGUCUUGAAGCAUGAACUGUACCGAUGAGAUUUUGAGCCCUUUGGAGAAAAGCCUUCCCUUUCGCUCCCCAGAGAAUUGAUGAUGGAGCUUCCUGCCUUGUCACACUAGUGCUAGAAGGCCAAUGUCCUGAGAGGAGAGGUGCCUCCUUUUGCUAACUAACUGUUUGCACCAACUAGUGAGACUGGGACAAAUACAACCCCUUAUAGAGAUGAUGUUGCCAAGCAUUGUUUUCCCUUUUUAUUUACCUGUCUGUUAGGUUCUUCCAGCCACCUUGUCCCUUUUCAGAGCUAGAAUGUCUCACAGUGAAAGCUUAGCUAGAUAAAAACAACUUUAUUGUAUAUGAAAGGGAAGGAUGUCCAAUUAAACAUGCUGUGAUACCAGGAAUUCAAGUCAUAUUGGACGUAAGGUUGUGGUUUCUUGUUUUGGGAUUGGUGAUGUUUUACUUUCUGCAGAACUGAGGUUUCUUCUUCCGGUCUGUUACGCUUAGUGUGUGCUCUAAAUUGACAGAUCAUGUCCCUUUUAACAGUAGGAAGUAGAUUACCAGUGUCUUCCAGUGUCCACAAGGUGUCUUAUGGUAACCAGAAAAUCCUCACUAUGGUACAAAUGCUGUUGAUGUUUAUUUCUCUGGCAUCCCGACUAAAUAUGCUCUUUAAAUUAUUGAAACAAGCACUUAAUAACUCUGCAUUUCAGUGGAACGGAUGCAUCUGGAUUACUGAAUUGCUCCCUGAGAACAAGUAAAAAGUUACAGAAGAGCAAUUCAGACUGCUUGUAAGCUUGCAUUUAAUAGGAAUACUUGCUAAACAUUUACUGAACGUUUGCAGUUAAAGUAAUUCCAGUACAGUUGUGCUACACUCCUAAACGAUGCAUUUCAGAAGACAAGCGUUUAUUAAAAUGCUGCUUGUGUGUGUACACGUCUAAUUGUUAACUGUUUAUUUUCCCAUCCUUGAGGUCUAUUGACAUUCUAACUCUGUAAGUUCCUUCCAGUUGAGUGUGGGGUAUGUGCUCUGUGGGAUUGAGAAACACAAUGUGUGCAUUCUGUUUACAGCCUGGUAAUCUGGUACCUCUUAACAUCUAUUUCUGUGUGGAAAGGUAACAUUUUCUCUGUUACUGACAUUAAAAAAAAACUUUUUCCCAGUUAAAGUUAUAUAAAUGGGUUCCGUUGUAACUACUGAAUACAUGAGUACUGUUCCAUAGACCCUGUAGUUUACCUACGUUGAGUAAGAAAUAUGAAAGUGUAAUUGAGGCUUCAUUGAAACCGUGGCAUUUAAAUUCAUUGAACUAUGGUUAGUCAUUUCAUUUAAUUGCUUUGGUCCCAUGUGUAUUAUGUAAGUAUUAACAUAACUCACUCACAUCAAGUCUGAAAUAUGUAAAAAUAAUUUGCCUAUUCAUUUCUCCUGUGUAAAUAAACAAGGUUUCUUGCUCUGGAAGUAAAACAGGCAGCAGUGCUUAAUUGUUUGUGUGGUUGAGAGUAAAUUGCCUCAAGUCAAUUGUAGAGAUGUGAGAUGUAGGCUGAGCAUAAGUGUUGGUUUGUGUAUUGAACUGCUGUAUCAAAUGUUUGGAGAAUGUUCAGCUUGUGAUUGUAACACUUUCUAGUGUGCUAUAAAAAUGUUUAGACACUUGUCACCUCCAGUAGGCUGAGUGAUACGUUCUAUAAACUCAAUUUUUCAACAUGCAGUUGAAGACAUUGGAUAUACUUUGGUCAGUGAUUUAGUAAUUGUGUGAAGUAAACUGAUUGAAAAGAACUGGAAUAUCUAUGAAAACAUUGAUUCCAUGUUGAAAUGGGGCAACUAAUCACAUUCAAUAAAUACCUUUCUAGAA